AUGCUUUUCACCGAAGAGCCGAGUUAUUUCAACAAACCCAAUAGCGAUAAUUCCGUCUGGAAACCACCGCAAGACAUGAGCAACGGAAGCGGACCUCCAAACGUGAGUUUUUCGGCCGCGACGGGAUGAGAUUGGAAAAGCUCAAAGGCCACUCGCAGAGUUUGAUGGAACUUGCGACAAAUUUAGAUUACAAUGUCCUAAGAGACAUGUAAGAUUUUUAGCCCGCGCUAUGCAGAAAUCACCGAGAUUUUUAAAUCGAAAAAUGUCAAAAAAGAAGAUUUUUUGGCCGUUUUCAGAGAGAAAAAAUAGGAUUCUGUUUGAAGUGUAGAGCACAUUAUUUCUGCAAAAAAAAAUAUUUUUCCUUGCAAAAUUCACAGAGAUAUCUCCAAAAAACCUUUUUUUCUCUGACCGUCUCUCCUCAUUUUCCCUAGUCUCUCGUCAAAACGAUGACUAUGGAAAAUGAGGAGUGACAGUCAGAGAAAAAAAAACUUCUUCAGCUGUAUCUGCGUGAAUUUCGCGAGGAAAAAAAAUAAUUUUUGGCAGAAAUAAUGUGCUCUACACUUUAAACAGAAUUCCAUUUUUUCACUCUGAAAACGGCCGAAAAUCAUUUUUUUUGGCACUUUUCGAUUUAAAAAUUUCAAUGAUUCUCUGCAAAGCGCGAGCUAAAAAUUGCAAUCUUAAUUUGCCCCAAGUUUCAUCAAAAUCUGUUGGUCGAACUUUGAGUAUUUCCCCUAUGAGAGCACUUGUCGUAUUCCCAACCGUUUCCCAUCAGUUUACCCUAUGAUUUUAGACAUCAAAACUGAACACAUGGGCCGGGAAACAGCGGCAAAAGGAGAACAGCCUCGGCUCCGGCUCCUUCAAUGGUACAGGUGGGCAAAACGGUGUUAUGUGUGAGUUUUUGUGACGUGGUUUGUGGCUAUUUUUUCAGUUUAUUACUGUGUUUCUAGUAAUAAAAAAUCACAUACUACGAAUUUCAAUCGCUCUAUAGAGUCUUAACUAGACUAAUUUUGUGUUUUUUCACUCUAAUCCACCUGUUUGGAGUGAUGAUUUUUAUAAAUAUUGCCCAUGAAGACUAAAGUCUAAAUCAUCCAAAAUUAUGCAAAUUUCAGACGACGAAAAGGGUUGGAGCAGCGGGAAUGCUCGACAAACCCCUCAAGAUCAAAGCAAGGUCCCCUGGUCCGAUCCGGACAGCAUGGGGAACUCGUUGGAGAACGAUUUCCUCCAAAUGAACCUUGGUCCGGGCCAAAUGAAAAUGCAGCCGAACGGCCAAUGGGGCCGUGAAGUGAAUCAGUCGACGCCCUGGGAGGUGGAGAAUCGUGGAUUCCCCGCCGAUGGUCCGGGCAAUCGAUUUAUGGGCGGAGGUGAGAGAAACUUGAUAUUGUACUUGACAUUGAUGUCAAACCCUCUCUAAACUAUACAAAUCUCAAAGUUCGAGGGGAAAAACACACCUCUAAAUAAUGAAUUAUUUCGAUAUGACCCUGUCUAGACAUUUCUGGAUUAUUUUACAGCAGUUUAAUGGGGGAAUUUCAAAUACCGCGCCAAAAACCAAAGAUGUUUGGCAUUCUGUUUCAAUGACAAAAUAUAUCGCCUCAGGGUAUGAAAUCAAUGUUCAGUAAUUUCAAUGUCUAAAUACGAUCACAUACCAUAUGACGGAUCUGAUCCAGUGGCAAAAAACGUACCAUUUUGCAUCGGGGAAGUAUCAAAAAUGUAGCAAAAUGUCUCCCUCUCCAUGUGAAAAAAACUCCCUUUUGAAGGGCGCACUUUUGAAGUAGGAGUUUUUUUCACUUGGAGAGGGACACAUUUUGCCACAUUUUUGAUACUUUCCGGAUGCAAAAUGGUACGUUUUCUGCCACCGGAUCAGGUCUGCUACUGUAGCAAUCUACAUUUGUUUUAGCGCUUACUCGCCCCGCAAUACACAGAUUUCACUGCAAUAAUUGAGUAAUCGGGUAAUUAGUCGCAACAGCGGUCUAUAAACCAAACAUAGUAAACAUGUUUUGUGCCUCUGACCUUGAACCCUUGAGUUUCGUUUGGACUAAAACAAAUAAAGCCUCGGGCUUUGUUAGUUUCCCCCCUUCGAAACGAACGGCUGUGGGAUUGUUUCUAAGUUGGGAAAGACCAUCAGAGUUUUUAUAUUUGGUUAGGCUAUUAAUUUUUAUAUUACACUAGAUAUCAAGUGUAAUAUAGAGGUGAAAAAUGAAUGAUUUUGGGCUCAAAUGUCAGUUUGUUAUGUAAAAUACGGCUUGUUAUGGUAUAAUACGCCAUUCGGAAUUUGAAAAUUAGGAAUUUUUGGUUGGAAAUAACGCUGCUUUUCGGCUUAAAAAAUGCUGAUUUAUUCAAAAAAUGGCUUAUAACGCAAAAAUUAAGAUGCUACAGAAAGUGAAUUUUGUCUCUAAAUGUGUUAAAAAUCACAUCCUAUCAGCUGUAAUAGUUUCCCCUCCAUCAUUAUCAUCCAAUUUUUUUUAUUGUACUCGAAUCAUCAAGUACAAUAUAGCUCGGAACGUCAUUUUGUUUUUUUAUUUACCCCGAGUUCUUUGUACUCUUCUCCCACUCUACUCUCCCUUCUCUCUUCUCCGUCUUUGUCCGCGUUUAUUUCGCAAAUUUGAUGCCAAAGUCGGAAGUUCUUUUUUCCCCAACUUUUUCGGGCAAAUUUCGAACUUUCCGAGGCCCGAAAAAAGAGAGGCCCGAGCGCGGCGAAAGAGCGCCGCAAGCGCGGAGAGCGCCGAGAAUCGGACGCCGCAGAUUCUUGACUGCCCCAUUUGCUGCGCUUUUUCCCCCGAGUCGGCGAAGAAACGGACGGAAAAGAGGGGAGACGAAAAAAACGACCUCGCUUUAGGGUCGGCGAGGGGACGCACCAAAUUCUUCCCCCUUUUCGUUGUGUUUGCCCCCCGCCUGCUCGUCGCGAAUGCUGUGGGGAAAGGCACGAAGCGUCGACCCUAUUUUUUCUUCAUUUUUCGUCACAAAUCUUGGGAUUUUCGGGAUAUUUGGGGCUGAUCGGGCUUGAUGGUCAAGUGUAAUAUAAAAAGGUCCCAAGUCUCGGCGCUACACCCCUCCUACAUCUUUUUUGCACCUCUAUAAGUCCCAUAACGAGUAGUUUUCGAAAAUUUAGAGAGUAAAAUUGAAACUCCCGAAGGGAGAAUUGAUUUUUACCCGAUUUUUGCCAUUGCCUUGGGCAAAAUGUCUCAAAAACAGGGUAAACUGGGUUUGCCCUUUCAUUAUAAAGACUGCCCCGUCUUCAGUUUGUUUAUUUUGCCAGAAGGCACGUUUUGAAACGCCGUCUGACAUUGGUCUACCCGUUUUUUUGAUGAUUUCAGCGGAAUUCUUUCAAAUUCCGUCCGUUUUUCGAUAAUAAACAAUUUUUUCAAAGUGUAAAAUGCAGAUUGUAGGGUCGUUUUGUAUUCCGAACGCCUUAUUAGCAUGUUACAAUUGUAUUUUAGGGGAAAAAUCAAGUAUAAUCGCAAAAAGUGGAGUUGUUGUCAUGAGCAAUAUAAAAUUGCUCUUUUUUGGCUAAAAUUUCGUCAGCUUUGUGGCUGUAAUGCCUUCCAAAGGCUCUUAGAGUCUUUUAAAGGUCUUUUAAAGGCAAUCUCGACCUUCCGCUGACUCCCAUUUGUGUUUAUCAAGCCCCCCGAAUUGCACAUCUGAUUUCCAUGAAAUGUGCGCCCCCUCCCCAUUUUUGAUCGGGAAAAAAAGUGAAAACCCCCGAGCACGCGACCCCCAGACCACGAUCGUGUCGCCAGCUGUCUGCGCCCUCACGAAUUCCCCCACUUUCUCGCUCGUUUCACCACGUCGCCGGGUUUUGUCGCCUUUUUUGAGAAUUUUACGUCGAAAUUGGACAUGUCUGCUCGGGAAAUCGAACAUUCCGAAGGGGUUUGGACCUGUUCUAAAGAUCUGAAUAGAAAUUUUGGGGCUAAAUUUAGAUUUAGCCAGGUUCGGACCUUAUUUUAGCCAUAAAAUUGGUGUAUUUCGAAUUUCUCUAAAUUUUUUGUGGUAGAACAACAAAAACUGAUGUCCUUCGUAAUACGCAGAACAAAUAUGACAUUGCGGAUUUUAAUUACCGUAUUUUACCCCGUAUUUCAGCCAGAAACACAAUUUUUUGAGGGUUUCCUUCAAAAACCCUCGAUUUUCCCCAAGUUUUCGAUUUUUUACACUCGUUCGCGGAGAUUACACUAAAAAACACGCAGAAAUUACAAUAAACACUAGUCAGUAAUUGUACUCAUCAAAUUCUCCAUUCGGAAUUUCCCCGCAUUUCUGUAAAAAAAAUAUUUUUUUUUCUCUCGACCUUUAUCGAUUUUUGCGAACGAAAUUCUCGUUUUUUUCGCGUGGAAAUAGAAAUGCAGACUAGCUGUAAACACGUGAUAAUGUUGUAGGAAUAGUUUUAUGAAGGAAUUGGAUGCUCAGAAUAGGAAAGGACACUUUUUCUGAUAGUUUUGGCGACUUUGCGACAUUAUUUUAGGUAUUAUUGAUGCAAGACUAAAUUUUCAUGCGAUUUUAGGCAAAAAAUUCGAAGUAACUACUCUUUGGAGUAUCUAAAUGUUUUUCACAGCUAUUCACCUCGUUUUCGACGUUGAUUUGAGCUAUUAUAUUACUUUAGACAUCAACUUGUCGUUCCUCCCGAAAAUUGCCUAAAACAAGGUGGAAUUGGUCUAAAAGUCGUAUUUUCAGUGAGCAUGGACAAUGGAACGGGCCAAUGGCGCUCGUGGGAACAUAACGGUGGCUUCGAACAGAAGGAAUUCCACCCAGGGUUCCCUAUGGGCGGGAUGCCCAAUCACAAGAUGCCCAACAACUUCUACAACGGUGGCAACUUUAUGAUGCAGCAGGGCUUUGCCGACAACAGAAUGGUAAGGGUUUUGAGUGCUUUUUCGGAUUUUAGGCGAUAUUUUACAUGGUGGAGGAAGUUUGUGGGUUUGAUGGCAAGUAUAAGGUGGAAAUAGGUCAAAAGGGCUGUUUGAGGGUUCAAAGAGGUUGAUUCAGAGGUAACAAGCCUUUUGAAAUCCUUGAUUGUCGAAUAUUUUUGGGAUAUUAACCAAAAUUUUUAUAUUGUUCAUGGCAGCUGCUUUGAUCAGAUUACUGUUGAUGAAUAGGCCGGAAAUCGAAAUUAGAUUCUUGUGAUAGACGGCUUUUAUGCUGUUGAAGGUUUCUAAAACUGUUUUCAAGUGGAUGAAUCCGCUAUAGCGCUUUUAUGACAUUAUCCAUGGGCUCACCCGCCAUUUCCAGAUGCGAAACGGUCCUCCACACAUGAACCAGCAACAGCCUGGUCAGCCUUGGGGCAACAAGUACGGUGGUGGGCAACGCAACGCGCCCGGCGGUGGCGGCGGCUUCCAGCAGUUCGGUGGGCCACCACAAGGCGGGCCAAUGAACAUGAUGCCGCCUUCCAUGAUGGAGCGUGUGAUGGGUCCCCCACCUCCGCCAAUGGCGCAACAACAUCACGGCCGAGGCCCGCAUCAUCCACAUGGCGCUCCACCUCCGCCGCCGAUGCAUCCCAUUCCGCCGAUGCCGGCGCAAAAUCCGGGCGGCUCUUUUUCGGUGGGCACCUUCAAUACGCACGGCGCGAGCAUGAUGAACGACGAUUCCUUCUGGCAUGACCCGAAUGGAGACCUGCGGAAGUGGCAGAGGGACACCGGCACCGCGCAUUGGGGAGAUCCGGCCAAGCAACAAGGUAAGGAGAGGAUUUUUUGUUGUACUGAGCAAAAAAUUUCUGAUCAAAAUUUUUUUAAAAGUACUUCUGUGGGUAUGGAGUUACAGGUCGAGACAUGUAUCAAAAAAAUCGCAAAAUUUUUCUGAUUCAGAAUAUGUAAAAGUUAGGUGCCCAAUUUUGGUUUGUAACGGCGAAAAGGCCCUCAGAACUUUGCUCGCAACACCACGCAAAUGCCUUUUUGACCAAGUUUCUACCAAUUCAAAAGCUUUCUUUGGAGCUAAAGUAAACCCCGGCAUCUUGACAAGCCUUGAAAUCUCAGAUUUGAUUACAGUGGGGGACCUGAUCCAAUGGCAAAAAACGUACCAUUUUGCAUCCGGGAAGUAUCAAAAAUGUGGCAAAAUGCCUCCCCUUCCAAGUGAAAAAAAUCCGACUCCCUUCAAAACGAAGUUUUUUUUCACUUGGAGAGGGAAGCAUUUUGCCACAUUUUUGAUCCUUUCCGGAUGCAAAAUGAUACGUUUUUUGCCACUGGAUCAGGUCCCCUCACGGUAAUACUACACCUUAAUUAGUAAUUCCAAUAUAAAAAAGGGAUAUUUUAAGGCUUGUCGAGAUGCCAGGGUUUACUUUAGCUCCAAAAAAAGCUUUUGAAUUGGUAAAAACUUGGUCAAAAAGGCAUUUGCGUGGUGUUGCGAGAAAAGUUCUGAGGGUUUUUUCGCCCUUUCAAACCAAAAUUGAGCAGCUAAUUUUUACAUAUUCUAAAUCAGAAAAAUCUUGCGAUUUUUUUGAUACAUCUCUCGACCUGUAACUCCAUACCCCAUAGAAGAACUUUCCUUGUAAAAAAAUUAUUCCGAAAAUGAAACUUUAGUGUUCUCGGUGUUGUGUUGUCGCCCAAUGAACGCUUUUACGGAUACUAUUAAUUGGUUUUGGGUUUAGGUCAGCAAAUCCGUCGCUGGACCCAGGUGGAGGAAGAAGACAGUCUGGUGGGCUCCUCCUCCAACAACCAGGCCUCGCCGGACUCGCUGAAAAAGGACCAGGAUGAGAAUCAUUUGCCGGAAACUGGAUGGGGAGAGCUCCCACCAAUCAAUGGCUCCACCACAACCCCCACUUCCGCCAAUCCAGCCGCUCCGCACAGUGCGGCCCCGACCAGCCUUGCCUCGGGCUGGAUGGGCACCGCCCCACAAGGACCCGGAGGAAUUAUUCCGCCGGCUGCGGCGCCAGGAGCAGGUAGGAACUUGUUGAAGUGAAGUUUGUGGGGUUCUCGGCGGUUUUUGAUCGGAUGUUGUACUUGGUCUAGUGUAAUAUAAAAAAUGAUUAGGUUUUGGUUGAGGCGACUUGUAGUGACGUAUUAUGGAGGGUUAGAUCGAGUUGAGUUUAUUUUUCGCUAUUUCAAAUAGUUUUGGAGCAGUUAUAUUACACUUGUCACAUCAAGUGUAAUAUUGGAUAGCAUGAAAGUGGGUGGUUUAAUAUGCUUUUUUGCAGAUCUAGAAAUGCUUACUAGCUAAUUUGAGACUAAUUUGGGCUAAUUUGCGAUUUUUUUUGGGGAUUUUUUGAUAUUAUAUUAUACUAGGUGGCAAGUGAAAAAAUGAUUGAUCUCUGUACGGCAUUUGUUCUAAUAGGUUCCAAAUUACCUGAAAGUUAAUAAAAUAUAGUUUUAAAUAUAGUUUGAUGUAAUUGGGACCAGUUCAAAAAAAAGUUUUAUAUUACACUAGGCAUCAGAUGUUGUUUUGGUGGUUUGCUGUGAAAACUCCAACAUAAACCCCUCUCUAAUCUCAACCGCAGACUGUUUAGGUUGGGCGGACUCGCCACGCAACGCAAUGCCGCCGAGCAACUUCAUCCCCGGCGGGCAGUUCCCUCCGAACAACUUCUACGGCGGCCCGCCGGGCAAUGAUUGGUCCGCGCCCCGACCCCCGGCCAACAUGUCCUACGGCCAGCAGCCGCACAUGUUCGAGCAGCCCUCCAACAACAAGGAUAUCGCCGAAAAGUUGCGGUUGGCCGCCUCGAAGGGACUCAUCGACAUCAAUAUGUUCACCAGCAGUGGGGGUCCACUUCCGCCCAACACAAUCAAGCUGUUGAACAACAUUUUGGACGUUUUCACCGAAGUGGAGAAGCUCGAAGACUUGGAAGCCAAUAUGAGCAAACUCAAAAUGGGCGACCGCAAGAUCAGCCUCGAGCUCAGCCAGAAACGAAACACCCUGGAUGAGCUGAGGGACAAGUUGAAUAAUUCCUUCGGCGUUCCAAUGCAACCACCUCAACGGCAAGGAGGAUGUAGGUUAUUAAUUCUGAGGGCAUUUUGGAGGGGUUGAGAUGGAUUUUGGGCUUGGGAUGAAGAUUUUUUGGAUGUUGUACUAGAUGAUUUUGGCUAAAAAUGUUAGGAAUUAGACGAUUUUUGGUAUAUCUUGAACUUUUAGAGGUUCUUAGGACUGUUAGACUAAGAAAAUAAAGGAUUGGAAUACAUCUGACAAAAAUUUUAUAUUAUACUUGACCUUGAAGUCAAGUGUAAUAUGAAAUUUUUAACAGAUCUGGGAAUUUUUGGUUUUAAUAGGCUGAUUGGACUUUGAAAACAAGAUGUGAGUCAUUUUGGGAUUGAUUUUGACACCUUUUUAUAUUGUACUUGACCCUAGUGUAAUAUAAAAAGUUGUUCGAGCUGUUGAUUUUUUGGUUUUAUUAGAUGAAUUGAGGUAUAUAGUCAAUGGUUAGAAGGAUUUUUGUUUGAUUGAACGAUGUAUUUUUCCGUUCUGACCUUAUUUUUGGCACUUUCAGUAAGCCUCGCGGACGAGCUGACCAACAUGAGUACCCUGCCGAUGGGCAGCGACGUGGCGCAGCUUUGGUGA